GCAGUUCAAGCUAUAAAUGGCCACCAGGGCAUGAACCCCGAAGAAUUCACAUCUAUGUUGUUUGAAAAGAUUGAUGUCAAUGGAGACGGUAAAAAAAUAUAUACUUGCAAUGUUUUUACAUGCAAUGGUUCCCCCAGUUUUGUUUUGCUGUGGCUGUAGUGUAUUCAGGGCCGGAUUAACAUAGAGACUGAUGGAGCUGCAGCUCCAGGACCAGGCAUUUUUUUUUUUUUUUUGCACACUACUCUUAGGGUUGCCAGGUAUUUCUCAUGUAUUUCUUAUGGUUGCCAGGUAUUUCUCAGAAGUAUUUCUCAGGUAUUUGAGGCUGCCUAGCUGGUGCUACCGGCAAUACAAAUGUCUGUCUCAGUAUAAACAGAGAUUAUUCUGCAAUACCAGCGCCAGCCAGUUGGAGUUGCUGUUUGUUUGGAGAGAGGCAGGGAAAAGAAGUUACAGCAUCCCCCUCCCUGCCACUCACUACUCACUGAUCCGCUGGGGAGCAUCUCUGCACAGUCCAGACAGCAGCUCCAAGCCUGCGAGACAUGGGGACGGUGAGAGACGGGGACACUGAGACACUAGGGGACACAGAGACAUGGAGACACUGGGGGACACGGGGAGACAAUGAGCGACUUUGAGACCUGGGAGACAUGGGGGUUUCCCUCCAGCACCAUCUCCAUCAGAUACAUGACACUUAGGAGGUAGGACUAUUUUAGUGGAAAAAGAGAGAGAGGUUGGCGCACACAAUGGAUAGUUUUUCAACAAUCUGUAAUAAAUAUAACAGAACCUUCAUAGGGCAACAUAUAUGAGAAAAUGUUCAAAUAUAUGUAUAACAGGAAAAACUCACAAUUUGGAGAGCCAUAUAAGUCGGCUCUCUACUGUAAUAGCAGGUAAGUAGUUCCAGAACGACAAAUAGCCGCAGUGGUGAUGGUCCCCCAGCAAAAAGAUGCUUCAAAUCCACCUGGAUAGAAUUUCAGGAACUAAAAAAAGGACUAUUUUAGUGUUUUUGGUCAAUAAGAUUUUGUAAUUAGGCCAUCAUAAUUGUCAGCACCAGGCCCACUUGGCUCUUAAUCUGGCCCUGAGUGUAUUGGGCGAGGGUUUGUUUGUACAGUGUCAACCAGGGAAAGAUUAAUGCAUCAUAGCCCUAAAAGUAUCUGGCAUUUAAAAAAAAUUGUGAUCUGCUGCUGCUAAGUUUCUCAGUUUUGCCAUAUUCAUUACAGUGCAAAUAUCCUACACAGAAAUUACUGCCAAUAAAACAAAGUGCGCAAGAUAGUUUUGGCAUUGUAUGUACAAAUUUCUAUCUGGUUUUUGCUUUAUGUACAUUACAUACAUGCCAUCUGUGCUUCAUAAAUUUAUAGACAAUGACCACUUGUAUCGUUUGCUCUCCCAGUGGAUUUUGCUGCUUGUGAAUAUGGAUUUCAUAAGUUUAGAAUCUCCGGGUUAUAAAUCUAUUUGAAGAUAGUUUUAUAUAUAGCUGCAAUGUCUAUUUGCAUAUGCAGGUCAGGCUCAAGAUAUUUACACAAGAUCACAAAAUGCUGGAAUCAAAAAUUGAAAUGUCGUAAUUAGGUUCAAAGUAGUUUGGAGUCAACAUUUACAGUUUUUGUACUGUAUGUAAUUUUUUUUCCCAGUUUCACAAACUGACAAAUGUGUAUUAAAUUAAGUAACUGGAAAUGUUGUAAUGCACAUUAUUGUCAACCCUCACAAACUGGGGUAGAAUUUCAGCUAUUGAAUCCAUUGCACUCAAAAAUCACUGCGGUAAGCACUACAUUGAUUGACAUUUUUGCUGUGAAAAUGCUGAAUGAUAGUAAAUUACAACCUAAAACUACAUAGUGUAUGCAGUAAUUAUUGAAAACUAUCUGUGCUGUUUUUUUUUGUUGUUUUUUUUUUAGGAGAAUUGACUUUGGAAGAAUUCAUAAAUGGUAUCCAAAAAGAUGAUGAUCUUCUUCAGCUUAUUUCAAAAAGUUUUGAUUUAUCCAAUGUUCUCAAAAUAAUUCAAAAUGGAAGACGAAGAAGUGUAUGA